AUGUCGGAACAGGAAAUCGUCACUGGUCUCCGCUGGAAUAACUAUCUAUCUGUUCUUUUGUUGGGAAAGGAGGUUAGAUAUGUCUGGAAACGACCGUGGUCACUGAUGUCAUGCUUGUACCUCGUUGUUCGAUAUUUCGGUCUUUUCCUGUCACUGCUUUGUGGCUUUUCGUUUAAAGCUAACAAACAUUCUAGCCGCUACGGUCUCGUCGUUCUGAUUGAAUGGGGAUUUUCAGUGUAUUUUUGCUUUGCGGAAGCCAUCCUCAUCUGGCGUCUUUAUGCCAUAUGCAACCAAUCCAAGCUCCUACUCUAUGUUCUAGUGAUAUUGUUCUUGCCCAUCAUCGCCCUCUCAAUUGGGAUGGACAUCUAUCUAUACAGUCGACGUAGCGCGUUCUCGGUGGUAGAAAUCAUAACUCCGAAUGUCAAGUACUGCACCCUUUCCUUCAACAUAGGACCUAUGCCUGCGAUCUAUACCUCCAUUCCUAUUGUGUGCUAUGAUAUCUUACUAGUUGUUCUCGCGGCUGCCAUCCUCGCGAGGCAUCUAAAGGAACGGAGGGGAGUCCGAAUGAGGGCUAAUUCAUCUAUGGUCAUGAUCGUUCGGUAUCACAUCCUGUACUUUGCUCUGAAUUUGACAAACCAAAUAUUAUUGGUGGUAUUGUGGGCUCAUAUUCCGACCCCGGCGAUGAGUAUCUCAGAAUUCUUCAACGAUACCGCGCCAUUUAUUCUCGCACCCCGUCUCAUUAUCAGUAUUUGGGAUACCCAUGCCCAUGAUAACUGCGUAGAAGUCAGUACAACGUUUGAAGAUUGUCACCUGAUGAUAGUGAUAGUGUAG